AUGAGUGAUAGCGAAGCCAGUGGCAAGGCCAAGGUGUACGUGUGGAUGCGUCGGAUAGCAUCGUUUUUAAUCAACCAGUGGUUUUUCAUACUAUUGGGGGUAUUUGUUGCUUUAGCCCAUCUGUAUCCAGAGUUUGCCAAACAAGGAGGAACCAUUAGAGCAGAGUAUUCUAUAGGGUAUGGUGCCGUGGCGGUGAUUUUCUUGAUCUCCGGGUUGUCGAUGCUGUCGAAAGACUUGAUGAAGAAUACAUUCCAUUGGAGAGCACAUUUUACGGUAUUGACUAGUUCGUUUUUAAUCACGUCGGCCAUUAUAUUCGGAAUCUGUUGUGGGAUCAAAGCCAGUCAUGACCAGGCUAUAGAUGAUUGGUUAUUGGUGGGACUUAUUGUUACCCAUAGCUGUCCAACCACUGUUAGUUCCAAUGUUGUAAUGACAAAGCAAGCCCAUGGGAAUGAUAUCUUGACCCUAUGUGAAGUUUUCAUUGGGAAUGUUUUGGGUGCUUUUAUUACCCCGGCGUUGGUUCAGAUGUAUUUGAGAGGAGUGUGGGAAUUCGGGAACCCGACCCAUCAAGAACUGGGCGAUAGCUCCAUGACUGAAUUAUACGGAGAAGUCAUGAAGCAAAUUGGAUUAUCGGUGUUUGUACCGUUAUUUGUGGGACAAGUGGUUCAAAAUAUAUUUCCUAAACAAACCAAAUGGUCCUUGACCACGUUCAAAUUGAAUAAAGUGGGUUCGUUCAUGUUACUUUUAAUCAUGUUCCAAUCAUUUUCAACUGCUUUCGCCCAGGAUGCCUUUACUUCGGUUAGCCAUGUCAGUAUAAUUUUUUUGGUGUUUUUCAAUAUUGGAAUUUAUCUUUUUUUCACCGUGUUGACCUACGCCUAUUCCAGACCUUAUUGGAUUCUAUUGAUCUUUGAUACUCCGCCAGAACAAUCGAACUCCAGAUUAUAUCGCUGGUGCUACAAAUUCUUCACGCCCUUUUACUACAAUCGAAGAGAUACCGUGGCCAUGAUGUUAUGUGGGCCGGCCAAAACCGCCGCUCUAGGGGUUUCUUUAGUCAGUUCCCAAUACGGCUCUCAUAGUAAGUAUCUAGGUAAACUAUUGGUUCCGCUUGUAUUAUACCAAGCUGAACAGGUGAUGACGGCACAAAUCUUGGUAAAAUUCAUGAAGAAAUGGGUUUAUGCUGACCCAAACCUAAAGCAGGACAUUGAAACCCCAACUGAGGAACCCGAAACCCCCAAUCACGAACCAGAAAGCUCAAAUGAAACCAGUUCGCGCGAACCUUUAGAAAGAGACAACCAGAGCUCCCAUUCGUACAAAAGAUAA